CCCUCUCCCACUUUGCCGCGCAGCCAAAUCAAACCCCGCCAGAACAAAAACCCGGGCCAGCCGAGUCCCCCUGAAGGAACCCCACCCACCCAGUCGCCCCCCCUCCAACGCCUCAGACCUUCCCCACCCCGUGUCAUCCGCCAGCAACUCUCUCCGCCUCCCCCCAACUCCCGCACCAAAAAGUGCCACCUCCCCCGUUGCCCUCCCCGCACUGCCCUCCCCCCACCCUCCCCCCAGCGCCUCUCCUUCCAUCAACUCCCAUCCCAUCCCCAUCACCGCCUCCCUCCGUCCCCCCACAAACACUUCUCGGAGCAGCUAUAACCCGCGCAAUCUCAAUUCAUUAUCUAUUCUAUCUUUUUUGAGAGCGGUUCACCGCUCUUUUUCCCAGCACUCCGGUAGCUCACAGACUGGCGCGCCAUCUUCUAGCUUAGCUGAUUGGAAUUGCAAGAACCUAUCGACCAUGGUUGAUACGCGCCAAGUAGGAUCGCUCUGGACUCCCGAGGAAGAUGUCAUUCUGUUGCAGCACGUGGCACGCUACGGCACCAAGCACUGGGGCUCCCUUCAAUCCAGCUCUACUCUCCCGCAUCGCGAUCAGAAGGCGUGCUGCAAUCGCUUCAUCCUUCUGAAAAGGAAAUUCUUUCAGGCCCGAGCUAAGGGACAGAAUCUGCAGACCAUCUUUCCGUACAUCAACGUCAACUCUCAGCCUCAAAGCCCCUCAGCGGUUGCCUCGUCGAUGCUUCGCGCUCCCGCAUCCCCUUCGGCGGAAACUGCUCUCCACGUGAACGCGUCGUCUCGCGUCAUCUGCAAGCGCGUUGUGGCUCCCUCCCUUUCGAGACCCGCGAUUCUGCAGUCCGCUCUCAACACUAUUCAAGAUCAAACCGGUAAUGGCGGCGGUUCCGCGUGGAUGCCGAACCUCGUUGACGCGCAGCGCUCUCCCGCCGUUUCAAACCCCUCGUCUCCUCUCAGCGCGGCACACGGCAUGUUCUCCGUGCAGCAGCAGAGCCAGCAGCAGCUUCAGCAGUUGCUGGUCACAAUCGGCCAAUCAGUGAACGCCGUCAGUCAAGCUGCUGCGCAGUUUGUCAACGCCGCGUCUUCCGUCAACCCUGCCUCAUUUCCCGCCAACCACAUCAACCAGAAGCGGCAGGCUCAUUCCUCAGUAGCCAAUCCCGCGGGCCAGCAGAGCGCGGCGGACGCGGUAGUGAACAUGAUUCUGCGCAAGAUCGCCGGUGACGCGUCUUCUUUCCAGAAGCACCCCGCUGCAGCAGCAGAGAGCAAUCCUGCGUCCUCCAAAUCAGACGUCUCCGUCGAGCCCUUCUCUGCCGCUGCUCUCUCGCCUCCCCUCCUCGACGCCUCGUCGCGUCCCUCCUCCGCCGCCAUUCGCCGUCCGUCUCUUCUCUCCGCGCCAACCCGCGCGCUGUCCGCCGUCGUGCCGACCUCUGUGGCGUCCGCCGGCUCCUUCCCCGCUAACUCCGGCGCGAGUCUGCAGCAGGUGGUGCCGGGAUCACAGUCGUGCGGGGCGGCGCCGGAUUCGGACAGCGAUGACGACAUGGUGCUGGCGUACCUGCACGCGCAGGGGCAGGCGCAGAUGCACGCGCAGGCGGAAGCCAAGGCGGAAGGAAUGGCGGAAGCGCAGGCUCAUGGGAAUGUGGAGCAGCAGGCGCAGCAAGCGGCGAAACUGGAGGUCAUGGCGUCGGAUGCGGCGGACAUGACGCUGCUGCUGCAGCUGCACGAGGAAGUCAUGGUUCUCGAGAAGCUCGUUGCUGCCGGCGCCGUUUCCACGGCGACCGUUGCUAAAGCUGCUGCUGCUUCUCCCUCCGCAGCUGCCAUGUCAGCCUUGGCGCCUCUCCCUCGUGCUGCUGACUUCUCUCUCCCCUGUGCUGCACCCGAUGCAGCUCUCCCUCGCAACCAGAGUCUCUCCCACCGCCCCGACACGUUCCUGGAGCAGAUGUCGAGUGCGCCAGGCCGCAUGCUGUUUGGCUUCAGCCCUGUGUACGAUCUCAUGGCGCCUGGCGGGGCCUGGGGAGCUCACGCUGCCGCUGCUGGGAUGGCUGGUGCUGGCGCGGGUGACGUGUCGGGAUGGGAUUUGAGGGAUCUGGUUGACGCCUCUUCGUUCGACCUCGGUGCUCCUGCCGCCUUCCUGGCUUGAGAUGUGUACAGAGAGACGCGGGCUCCUCAUCUGCUUCGCAGUGCUGCUGUUUGAGAUUACCGCAAUGGUGACAGCAGGCACGGGAGAUGUUUUUUUUUUUCCUGGUCACAGCCAGUGGAAAGCCAGGUGGACCACCACUCCAGCGUCAUGUCUUCGUCGCGGGAGCUUUCUUUGCAAGGGCGUUGGCUCUUGUUGCCGCUGCUCUGCUCUGUUUGCUUGUAGCAUGGUUCUGUUCCCCCCUUCUCUCUCAGCCUCUGCGUGUGUCUCACCUUUUUUGCCAGGGGUGGCUGGCAGCUCCAGCAGUGGGGGCAGCAGGCACGGCUCAGCUUGCUCUGACACGGCUCCUUGCCGUUUUUCUUGCCUCAGUGGGUCUAGGCCUGCUGUGUGCAUGCUCAUGCUGUGCCGUACCUUGCCUGUCCCUGCUGCUGCUGCUGCUUGCUCCCAUCCCUAGGCUCCUAGGAAGACACUGAGUAGUCUAGUGUUAGCUGUGCUGUUCACAAUGUAAAAUGCUCUUAUGGAAUUGAGAUGGUCCAUCCUUCAUCUUGUAGUCCUGGUAGCAGGACAUAGCCUGGUUCAUCCUUGACUA